UGGGACUUAUCUCGACAUAUUCUCAUCAUGGCACGAAACGUAUUGGCCAAGGAUCAAUUUGUUAAGCUCAUUGUCGGAGCUGGUCAGGCCAGUCCCAGUCCACCUGUUGGUCCGGCUCUGGGAAGUAAAGGUGUUAAGUCUAUGGACUUCUGCAAGGAAUUCAACGCCCGCACAGCUCACAUCAACACCGGCGUCCCGAUCCCCGCGCGUGUCACCGUCCGCCCUGACCGAUCCUUCUCCUUUGAACUCCGCACUCCGACCACCACCUACCUCCUGCUCAACGCGGCCAAUGUCGAACCCCGGAAGAACCGACUGCGUGGUGCAAUGAAUCCUGGCCAUGAAUUUUGUGGCAAGAUCUCCCUCAAGCACGUUUACGAGAUCGCUAAGCUCAAGCACACCGAGACGCGGUUAUCCGGCUUGUCCCUGGAGGGAUUGUGCAAGAGUGUCAUGUCUCAGGCCAAGUCCAUUGGUAUCCAGGUUGUCCCUUGA